AUGGCCAAAAAAGUGUCCGACUGCGAUUGUGGCUUCAUAGACGCCGACGAACCAACACACACAACCUUCACCUCCCUCCUCCUCGUCGACUUCACCAAAGCAACCUGGAAAGACCUCGACGACAUCUUCGUCCGAUCCUCAUAUACCGUCAACCGCACCGACGCAGCAUACAUUCGCGACUUCGAACCCUCCCAAAUCCAACUCACAUCUUCAGGUCUGGAAUUGACCGUCUCUCCCUCCCCAGACGGCCUCAUCGUCCCCUCAGCAUCCAUCUUCACCCGCUCCGCCGCUUUUCUACACGGCUCGUAUCGCGCACGAAUUCUCGUCGGUGACGUCCCGGGAACUGUCACAGCCUUCUAUAACUACCACAAUGAUACUUCCGAGGUGGAUAUCGAAUACGUGAGUGCCCGAGGCCCUACAUUACUCUACAGUGUCAAACCACAAAUCUACUACGAAAACACCAACCCUUCAGCUGAAACUUACCAAUCCGAGACCUGGGGAAACGACACCUCCAGCACGUCUUCUUCCUUAUCUUUCGAGCAGAAUUUCCACGAGUGGAGUUUCACUUGGUUACCAGAUAUCGUACAUUUUGGUCUGGAUGCCAAUUACUCCAAAUCCAUCACCAAAAAUGUUCCCCAAGCUCCCGGAACGAUCGUUCUGAGUCAUUGGAGUAAUGGCAAUCCAAAGUAUUCGCAAGGCCCGCCGACGGUGAAGAGUACCAAGGUUGUGGAAUUUUUGCAGGCGGUGUAUAAUGAUGCGAAUGCUACGGCGUUGGAGUGUAAGAAGGUGCAGGAGGCUUGUGUUAUUCAGGAUGGGAGGUUGAGGGUUGCGUUGGGGAUGGAGGAGACGGAUGGUGGUGUUUUGAGUGGUGGUGGUGGUGGUGGGAGUUCGUCUUCUGCUUCUGCUUCUGGAUCUACUGCUGCUGCUGCUGCUGCUGCUUCGUCUUUCUCGACGCUGCCUGCUGUUAGUCAUGUUAAUUCCGCGACUACGGCUGGUGGUACUGCGAGUCUUUCGCCUGGCGUGGUGGGGCUUUGGACUUUGAUUCUGUUGUUCUUUUUGCGAUGA